AUGAGCUCUUCAAGGCUCUCGGACCUGUCAUGGGCGGAACUGCGGGAACAGGCCCGCCGCAUCGGACGUCGUUGGAUCCCCGAGGAGCUACCGAUCGCGCAGGAGGAAGUGAUACCCAAGGAGACUGACGGAGAACUACCUCUGCAGCUGUCCGAGCGCGAUGCGAAGGCUGGGGAGCGGCGACCCGAGACGACAUGCUCACCAAAACCUUCAGAGCUGACGUGGGCUCAAAAGCAGGAACUAAUGUGGCAAAUCCUCGAUUAUUGGAAAUCGUAUUCAUUGCGACGUGAGAAGGCCGAAGAGGACGCGAGACGGCCGUGUACCGUAGAGGCUGACUGGGCCGACGAGCAACAAACUUCGACGCACACCGCAGCGGAUGAUGACGCAGCAAAGAAGCAGCCAUCGAUGGCGGGUGAUGAGGCAGCCGACGAGACAAAGGUGACUAAGUCACCACCAGCACUGGCAGCUGAAAUCGCCACCGUACUCCUUUCAGCUGCCGUCGAAAAUGGAGAUCCGGAUGUUGAGAUUGAAGAUGGGCAGCAGCUCCCGUCACAACCAGCCACCACCAGUGUGGCUCCACCACCAACACAGUUUGCAGCGGUUGGACAACCAUUCAGGGAGCAGAAACGAAACAAGGCUGUCGAGGUUCCUUUCGCGGUCGUGACCGAAGACGAAGGAGGUCUUGCCUCUUUCUUCCUUGUUCCCGACAAGGAGAGGGAAAUCACCCCUGAACAAGAAAAGAGAAGACAUUUGACUGCCUCUGCUGCUUUUCCAAGCAAAGAGAAGACAUUUGUCUUUGAGAAGGAACCCAAAGAUGAAAUUGCAGGGAGUAUAGCAACGCCAAAUCGGCCAGCGAACUGGAGAUUUAGGAAAAAGAAGGUGCGACCGGGCGAAGGAGGCUGCAUCGCGGUGGCGUCGUUGCCAUGUUCGAGAAGGUACUUGGAGCCACCAGUUGGGCUCGGUGAGGCCAACCUGCCCGCUGCAACGGCGGAAAUCCAAACGGCCAUGAUCGGGGAGUCUCGAUUGAGCUUAGCUGAGCCUCACGUCACCAUCUCUCGACGCAAAGAGGAGUUGGCGUCGAUCGACGCAGAGUCAAAUGCCGCGAAGAACAGGAUCGUCGCACGAGGUUGGGAAAUUCGCUCGUUGCUGGCGGAGCUCGGCACCGCGACCGCCGUACGAAACGAGUUGGAGAAGAAGCCUAUGAUUCGGACCGCCACGGGUUCGGAGGCAAGGUUGGCAAGGCAGGCUCGCCAGGUUUCUCUGCCAUCAACACGAAGCGGUUAUAGGACGUCGCAGUCGGCGAGGAAUCCAACCGGUACGGCGAUCGCUGAGAAGAAAGAAACGGAGCACUCUCCGGAGAACGAGGCGAAGCGGUUGCCGUCAAAGAAGAUGACGACGACCACCGUGGCCGCGUCGACCGUCGAGAAGACAAUGCAGGAGUCGGGGCGAGGAGUGUGCUGGUCUCCGCGUAGUCGGCUGGGCGAUUCGCCGCCGGAUGAAGAACCGGAGCAGACGGCGACCGAAGAAGAGGGCGGCGUCUUCCUUUCGUGGGCUAACCCUAGGUCACGGGAAGUGGACUCGCACCGCACGGCAGCUGGGCUCUUGAUGGGCCGAAAGGAACUGCAAGGGAGGCUGUCUUUGGGCCGAUCCGUCGAGGGCAGGCCUGUUCACUGGAGACGGAUGGGCUUCAUGGGGCUUGAAAUUCGGAACAGGACAAGGAAGAAGUCUCCUUGGGCCAAGCACCACAGCAGCAGCGAAUUGGGCCAGGAGAAGGCGAAAGAGGCUUUGAUGGGCUUAUUUUGGAUCGGCAGAACGGGAUAA